AGCCGCCUCCAACCGGAGCGCUCGGGCGUGAAACUAGGAGGAAAGCCGACGUCCUCCUCUUUCCUCAGAAGUGAUCUGUGGCCGGCCGGACUUCAUUCCACAGAUGUGCUUUAACAAAGUGUGAAGCUGAACUCUGAGCUGUGACAGUGAAGCAGUGUGAGAGUGUCAGUAGAUGAUCAGCAGAGGAAAGUGAAGCUGCUGUGAGCUGAUGUCCUGAAGGGCUUUUAAAGAGUCUCUGAGUUUGACAGGAACAUGAAGAUGUUUGUGGUGUUUGUGAUCCUCCUGCACGUUUCCCAGCAUGCCCUGGCUGUGUUGGUGGAGGUGAAUGAGGGGGAAAGAUCUGUCCUGCUGCCCUGUCAGUACUCAGGUUUACCACCUGUGGACCCCACAGUAACAUGGACUCGCAACGAUCUCAAUCCCCAAUCUGUCCACGUGAGACAAGAAGAAACCGAUGAUCUCAGAGGACAAAACCAGCGUUACAGCGGGCGCACAUCGAUGAGGCCUGAUGCUCUGGACUCUGGAGACUUCAGCCUCACUCUGAAAAACCUCCAGCUGACUGACAGCGGAAAAUACACCUGCACACUCAGCAAUGAAAGAAAUAAAGUUAGAGUGGGAGAUGUACAGCUGCAGGUCAAAGACCAGCAAGUGGUGGUUAAAGUGGAGGAAGGCUCAGACUCCGUCAUCCUGCCCUGCAAAACAACACCUGACCUGCCUGAGGACACCACAGUGGAGUGGACUCGCUCUGACCGAGAACUCAUGAUGAUCCAUGUGUAUCCAAACAGAAGUGACCACCUUAAGAACCAGGACGACCUUUACUGUGGUCGCACAAAGAUGAACAAAGACCUGCUGAGAACUGGAGACCUCAGCCUGACCCUGAAAUACCCACAGAGAGAGACGGUGGAGGAUACAUCUGCACCAUCUACAGGGACAAAGACAUCCUGA